CAAGAGGGGAAAGCGUAGGGAAUGAAGAGUCACAAAGGAUCAUGAAUGAUCAAUCACGCAGAUGAGUCGAAGUUUCGCCUGCAGGAUUAUUGUGUGAUAAUUUACCUUAUAUACUCCUCGUCCCCAAAUCUCAACUGAUUCGUCUCUGUAUCUUAACUGUCCAACCAAAGCAAUAGUCACUGCCCCUAACCUACAUACUCCAUUCGCCAUCCCUCACUCAAAUGGCGCCGAAGCACGACCUUCAAUACCCCAAGGGGGCUCAAAACACCUUGAACAGGUACAGUGAUCGAGGAAGCUACGACCUCGAAAAGGUCCACAAAAUCGUCAACAGCACUCCUGUUCUCCAUGUUUCCUUCCAGCCUGAUCCCUCCGACCCAUUUCCGGCUAUCCUCCCUAUGAUAGGCCAGAUGGGGUCGUUUGAGCGCCCAUCCUCUUCGAUCUCCGACCCCCUCGAUUGCUAUCUUCACGGCUAUAUCUCCUCGCGCGUCAUGAACGUCUCUCGCGCUGCCAUCGCCUCUGGCAAGCCCGGUCUCCCCGUCUGCAUCGCUGCUUCAAAGGUCGACGGGCUCGUCCUCUCCCUCACACCCAACAGCCACUCAUAUAACUAUCGCUCAGCUGUGCUCUUUGGGUACGCGACGCCGGUCACUGAUACCGAAGAAAAGGAAUGGGCCAUGGAGAUGAUUACAAACAGCGUUGUUCCACAACGUUAUGAUAAUACACGCAUCCCACCAAUUCCGGCUGAGAUGCAAAGCACACAGAUUCUACGUGUGACGAUUGAUUCGGCUAGCAGCAAGGUCAGGGACUGGAUUCCAUCUGACUCUGCAGAGGAUAUGGCCAACAAGGAGGUCGUGGAUAAAGUCUGGGUCGGUGUUGUUCCAGUGUAUGAAACCUAUGGAGAGCCGAUCCCCAGUCCGCUCAAUAAAGUUGAGAAAGUUCCCGAGUAUAUAGAGGAGUUCCUGAAGGAAUCUAAUGAGGAGGGUUUGGCGUAUGCCACAGCAGCUGGGAAAAGGCCUCUCCCAGUAAAAGCUAAAACUAAUCACGACGAGUGAGCUCCAGGUAGUCUUCAGGGGCAGGUAUUUGAAGUAGAAUCUGAGAGGUAGUAAUAUAACUUUGUGGAACUAAAUAUAUCAUACCCAACGAUCUAUGC